AUGAGAAGGCCUAUGAACUACAUAGGAAAUAAGGUUGAGAAUUUGGAAGCGAUGGGCAAACGUAAAAGAGGAAGGCCAAAACUUCAAUGGGGCCAUAAACUGAACAAUACCUUAUUCAUGUUUGGUCUAAAAAAAAUUAAAUUAAAAUUUUUUGAUUUUCAACUUAAAUCAUUAUUUCACCAGGAAUUAGGUGCCUCAGGUCUAAACUAUUCUCCGUAUGACUUUAUAAAUGAAUGCUCGCCUCCGUUAUUGAAACAAUUAGCUCAAAGAAUUGAAACAUUAGUUGCUAUUGAAUUUUCUUUAAAACAUGUAUGUUGGAUCAAAUUAAGUAAGAAUCGUAAAAUAGAACAAUGGACACAUGAAAACAUUGACCUUAAUUUAGCUCAAAGCCAAGAUAUAUAUGAAAAUAUACAAAAGAUCAAAAAGUUGGUUAAUAUGCUCCCUCUGUCUGAUGUGUACGUUCUUGAGAUGAAAUCAUUUCGCCCAACAAUUAAAAAUGUCAAAUUAUACGUAGAUUUGUAUGCAGCUCUGUCAAUGGCAGCCAUAUCAAUUAAUUUGUUAUUACCAAAAUCUGAGAUUACGCGUUUAAACAAUGAUUGCUACCUACCAAAUAUAUAUAGCCUGAAAGAUAGUCAAGUUUCAAAAUUUUAUCAAUUAAAUGUAGGAGGGGAAAGAAUUAGCAGCAUCAAAAAAGCCCAAAGCAUUUUAUCAAAAUUUUCAAAUAAUUCAGAAGCUCCUUCACAAAUUGAUAUUGAACCAAAUAUGCUGCAAUAUUAUAUUAAAUAUUUAAAUGGUGGGAAAACAUUCUUGAAGGAACAAUACAGUAAUACGUUGCUAUUAGGUCUCAUGUUCUUAGACAAUAUAAUUUUUGGAAAAGCAUAAGCCUUAAUACUAUUGAUUCCUUUGAAAAAAAAUACCGGUUAAUUAGUAUCUUAUAAAGAUAAUACAUCGAAUUUGUGUAUAUUAUUUAUUUCAUAUUCAAUAAUAUUUAUUUAUAAAAAUAAUAAGCAGAAGACAAAUUGGCCAUGAUAAAUAAAUAGUUA